GACACCGGAAGGAAAUGACGGUGACGGAAACGAAACAGAAACUAGGAACUACAGUCUGCAGAAUAGUGUCAUCUAUUGAUCACUCAUCGCCUACAAUAUGUGAAAAUUAAUGAUUUGGUGUGGAAAUAUAAAUUUUGCUGUGGAAGGUGCUUGGUCUUAGAAGAAGUAGCAAAGGAAUCCAGUUCAAAAUACAGGCUUUUUAGAGUAAAUAGAUUUGACAUGACUGUUGAUAUUCUUCCAAGAGCUGAAAGGAUCAUCUACUGGAUUGCUGGAAUCGGUAGCAUAGCUAAUGCUCUGUAUCACUUGCGCCUCGAGAGUGAAAAUUUCCAGAGGACUCCAUUCUCUGAGAAUACCCUGACCCCUGGCUGGGCUUUCUUGGGAAGAAAGCAGGACCUGUCUGAUGUAGAAUGGGGAAGAUGGAGGACACUGACAUGGCAGCUUCUCUUUUUCAAUGUAUUGCGCAUCAUUAUAUGUCAGUCUUGCCGUGCCUUUGGAUUCAAAGAACAAACAUGCAAGUUCUUCAUCCUUCUGUUUGAUGCUAGUAUUUUAAACUGGAUCAUGGGCCUAAGGUGUGUCCUGCUUCUCCUAGUGGAAGCUGCGUUGAUUUAUGCGGUCUCCUACUCUAACAGCAUUUGGGCAAUAUGGAUAGCUAUUCUUUCCAUGACGUAUUCUUUGAACUCUCACUCUUUUAUGGUGAAAAAGGCUGGAUACUUGGGCCUUUACAAAAGACAGUCAGAUAUAUUUUACUAUUUCACUACAGCUGAGGCAUUUGUUCAUAUUGGUCUGGUGAGCUUUGCCAUAGAGAAAAUAAAAUUCAAGUCAGUUCAUAAGUUGUCUAAAAAAACCAAUACAUCAGUGAACAAGCAAGAAAACGACAUUGUUCAGAGUGCUUCCCAAAUUGACAUGCCCCGAAAAGUUGUAAAAAGAAAACGUGAUGAUUCAGGUGAUGUACAAAAUGACAUCUGUCAAAGAAUUCAGAGACCAUCUGAUUUGAGUAGUGAUCCUUCAUUCAUAGAUCUCUUGUACUACAUACUUUGUUUACCAAAAUUUUUUGAUGGCCCCAUUUUUACAUACAGUGACUUCCAUGAGCAAGAGAAAGCGUUCUAUGAAAGGUCUUCCCCUAGCAUCCCCUUCAAAGACAUUUUUAAAGGACUAUUUAGAAUAGCAUUUUGGGCCCUUUUUAUAGAAUUCCAAUGUCAUUUCUUUUAUCAUUCGGCUAUUGGUUCUGAAGCAGAAUUUGUGAGGUCAAUGACAUUGACGGGAAUUAUUGCCUUAGGGUACUACCAAGGCCAAUUAUUUAUGGUAAAAUAUCUGUGUAUGUAUGGACUUAGCUGUGAAUUGCUUAGAUUUGAAGGAAUUGUUCCUCAAAGCAGCCCUCGCUGUAUCAGCUGGGUCUUCUCAUACACUGACAUGUGGAAGUAUUUUGAUGUUGGACUUUAUCAGUUCAUUAAGAGGUACAUAUUCAUCCCUCUUGGAGGCUCACAUUCGGGAUUCCUGCGUCAGGCAUUUGCCUCGGGUUUGGUAUUUGCCUUCAUCUACUUUUGGCAUGGUGCCUCCACAGCUUUGCUCAUAUGGUGUCUAGGGAACUACGCUGUUGGACUUGUGGAAUCAUUGGGCAUCAAAAUUGAAAAGAGUCGGAUGGGAGUUUAUUUGGCUUCAUUUCUGAGUUCAGCAAUGCAGCUUCGCAUCAGAUGCUUGGUGACUGCCCUUUUGUACCUGGUCUCUUGCUUGCAAAUCUUUUAUUUCUUCUUUGAAGAAGAAAUUGGCGGAAUUAUGGCAGAUCGUAUGCUUUUUAGAAUUCCAUGGAAGCAGUUCAUUCUGGAGUGGCUUGGAUUUUACGUUUGCAUUCAGAAUGCAAUGUGGAUUUACAGAUGUCACAAAUAUCUGGGAAAACAGUCGUAAAAGGAACAGAAAUACUGCUAUCGCUGUUUGUUAUUCUCUUAUUUACCAUUGCCAGCAUUUGUGAUGUAGGAAUGUGUUCUGAUUCUUCACUAUUGCAUUCAAAAGACAAUAUGAGUUUAAUUCCCGUGAGAAGAAGUCUAUGAGACACUCCAUUCAGAUUGACCCUUAAAGUCAUGGUGGAAACAACUUGUUUCCUAUAUGACCUAAAAUAUGUUUGCGGAGUUGAAAAACAUACAAUCUUGAAUCAUGUCAUAUAUGUGAACAGGCUGAAGGCAUUGUGCAGUGCAAGAUGAGCAGCUUUAGAUAGGGUGAUAGAAGCAGGAUAAAUAGAUCCACUUGGGGAACGUAGUGAGUUUUCAGGCAGGUCAUUGUUAUGGAUGCUUUGGCUUCCAGAAAUGAAUGUAAUUUUCCCUUUGCUCAUUUUCCGUAUAUGUGUGUGUCUGACUGUGUGAUAUCUGUGUGUGUGUUAGUGUGUGCGCACGUGCGUGUGUGCGGACAUGGUGGAAUCAGACACUCGUCAGUUUUUGGACAUGUGGAAUUAUUGGUAUGAUUUUUAAGUAAUAAAAGCCUCUUUAUUUGC